GUGACAUUAAACAUAAAUUGUACCCAUUGAAUAGUUCACCUCAUGGGUUUAUUUUGAUAACUUUUAACAAUAUAAUAAUAAAGCAUGGCUACCAAAAGAAAACCUCAAUUACCUAAAUCCGUUCUGGAUAUGAAAUUCAUGAAAAAAACGAAAGAACGGAUAGAAAAAGAAAUAGAAAAUACACAAGACCAUGAGGGACUAUAUUCGGGAAUUAUCACCAAUGAAAUGCGACAUGCUAGUGGAAAUUAUAUAUCCGAAUCGAGUUUUAUUUUUUGUCAAGAUAUAAUAGAAGGAAGAGUUUCAUUUAAAGGUAUGAAUCCGGAAAUAGAAAGACUUAUGGAAUCUGAAAAAAACAAGGAACAAAUUAAUGGUGAAAUGGAAAAGGAUGUAUCAGAUGAAGUUCUGUACAAAAAAAUGAAUAAUUUUCAUAGAAGAAAACGACGUUCUAGUCCAAGUAAAUAUGAUGUUUCAAAAAAGAAAAAGUAAUGUUUUGUAUAUGUUAACUUUAAUGUCAAUUAUAUUAUACUGACUUGACAAGUUAUUUCUAUAAAGAUAGUUAGUAAGGAAGUGUUAAAAUCAUAAAACAUUCGACAUUUGUAAGGUAUUGACGAUUUCAAUGUGAUUGAAGGCAUACCUUAAAAAGUACUAACAUGCAUGUUACAAUGUAACAAUGAUUUUAAAAUACAAGUUAACUUUUGUAUAAUAUGUCUUUUAUAUUUAAUAUAUUAAGUUUUAAAUUUCAUUGAAGGGCUGUUUAUCCAGAAAACUCCUACAAUAUUUUCAUUCUUCAUAGUGAAUAUAUUUUAAAUAGCUCUGUUUUUAAGAUUUCAUGUUAUUUUCUGUAUUGAAAGUUACUACCAAUUUUAUAUCAGCGGUUGACUCGUUUAGGAACAUGAUGAAAAGAUUUAUUUCUUGAAAUAAGGAAUAUUGAUUGUUAUAAAACCAUAUUUACUACACUAUGCUAAGUGUAAAAUGGUUUGCUACCCAAAAGUAUAUUCAAUUCCAAAAAACUUAACAAAAUUAAAUUCCUAUUAAUUUACAUUUCUGAUCACAUUUUGAGGCCUGUGUUUAUUCAUCAGAUUCAUGUACAGUAAAAAAAUUUUAAAACCAUUAAUACAAAACUUGUGAGCUUAAGAAUUUAAUACUAAUCAGAUUACCUCAUUUAUUAAAAUUAUCAAAAUAUUUCAGAAAUAUACAAUUUGAAAUAUGUAUAUAUUUUCUAAUAUCUUUUUAUGAGCUGAUGUGGAGAGAAUGGUAAAUAAAGAAGAAGGAUGGAUAUGUA